AUGGCAUCAAAGUACACCGUUCGCUUUAGCUUCUUUUGUUUCUUGUCAGUGUUUGUUUUUACGCUUUUUCGAAAUGCGGAUUGUGGCUCAAUAGUUCGGACCUUACCAGGCUUUCCCGGUGUUUUACCUUUCAAACUUGAAACUGGAUAUGUUAGCGUGGGGAAUUCAGAACUCUUCUACUUGUUUGUGGAGUCACAAGGAAAUCCUGAAGUGGAUCCUGUUCUUUAUUAUAUAGUUGGAGGCCCUGGUUGUGCUGCUUUGAAUGGCUUCCUCUUCCAAACUGGACCACUACAAUUUGAUGAUGCUUAUUACACUGGUGGCUUGCCAACGUUACAUUUGUACCCCUACACAUGGACAAAGAGUGCCAGUAUAAUAUUUGCGGAUGUCCCUGUUGGCUCUGGUUAUUCCUAUUCAACAAAUGCAUCGGAUUACAGUAUCUCAGACUUAGAAUCAGUGAAUCAAUCUCAUGUAUUUAUAAGAAAGUGGUUGAGUGAGCAUCCUCAGUUCAUCCCAAACCGAUUUUUUAUCGCUACUGACUCUUAUUCUGGCAUACUUGCUCCAAUCAUCGCACAAAGAAUAUUGGACGAUAAUGAAGCUGGAGAGGAGCCAUCAAUAAAUCUAGUCGGGAUUAUAAGUGGAUCACCACAUACAGAUGGUGAACUUGAAGGAAAUGAUAAAGUACCAUUAGCUCAUCAGCUGGGAAUAUUAUCCAAGAGUUUGUACGAGAAUUUUCCUUAUCUACUCUCUGUUGUAUGGGCGAAUGACAUUAGUGUUCAACGUGCUCUAUGUCCGAGAGAAUAUUGGCUAUCUGAACUCGGAAUAAGUUUGGAUGAAGAUUGGAGACCGUGGUAUGUUGGUGGUCAAGUUGCAGGGGAUCAGGUCACUCUCUACGGAAUGGAAAGGAAAGCAGAGAAGUUACGAGAUGUUUGA